AUCACGAGAGGAUGACCAUCUACUGGAUUUCGGUCCUGGACCUGAACGAUGUAGCCCCAGUGCUGGAGCGAACUCUUGGGGUCUAUGAGGUCCAGCUACCUGAGAACCGGGAGGUGGGGGAGCGGACAGGUAUACGACUCCAGGUGUAUGACCCGGAUGUAGUUAACAACAUCACCUACGCCAUCGUGGAAGGUAAUGAGGAGCAGAAAUUCCGGGUUGACUCAAUAGGGGACGUGUUGGUGAACAAGCUGCUUGACUACGACCAUCCCGUCUUUGACAGAAAUUUCACGAUGAGGGUGCGUGUGAGUGACGGGAGGAACGAGCCAGCUGAGACAGACAUCACCAUCGCAGUAGCCAACGUGAACGACCUCCAACCCGUGUUUGAGCACAGUAACUACACCUUCAGCGUCACCGAGAACACUGACUGCUCCGUGGUGCUGGGCAAGGUGUCAGCGCUGGAUCCUGAUCUCCCGUCGACAGCCAAUCAGAACAUCCUCUACUACCUGUCGCCCGCUGAAUUGAGAAACUUCAGUAUAGGAGACCGAUCAGGACAACUGAUUAUGAAGGGCUGCCUGGACAGAGAGGCAGCGAUUCGUGGCACCAUCACCCUCUACCCACGAGCCAACGAUGAAGGGGGCAAAGGUCACGAUGCUGACCCUGCUACCGUACACGUCAUCAUUAAUGAUCUCAACGAUAACUACCCACACUUCCUCAGGCCGGCUCACAGCUACGCAAGGAUACUGGAGAAUAUGGAGCCACACCUCGUCGAGUCGGUUAUUAUAGAACUGGGGGACUUGGACAGCGAGGUGAACGGCUGCCCUUGUUCCCUUGAGUUUCAUGCCGGGACUCCAACCAGUGUACUUGAGACGUUUAAUCUCACUCCUAUGGAAGGGUCUCGGUACAGGUUGAGGCCCAUUACGGUACUGGACCGGGAACAGCAGAAGGUGUACCGGUUACCCUUCACGGCCCGGGACAGCAGAGGACUGGCAGGUACCCGGUACUUGACUAUAGAAGUUGGUGACGAGAAUGAUUCCCCAAUGACUGACGGCGCCAACACUAUUAAGGUGUACAACUACCAGGGCCAGUUUCCCGCCAUGGUUGUCGGGGCUGUGUACGUAACAGAUGAUGACGACCACGACCGUCAAGACAAGACCUUCGAGGUUGACGCCAGUACCUCACCCGAAGUCGCCUCUCACUUCAAGGUCGACCUCUACACCGGCAACAUCACCAUGCUUAAAGGAACACCUGCCGGAACACAUGUGCUGAGGGUCAAGGUACACGACAACUUCCGGCGAGAGAUGGCCAUUGGACAGACAACCAUCAGCGUAGUGGACUUGACACUGUCAGCGGUGAUGCAGUCUGGCUCCCUGAGGCUGGCUAACACUACCUCCCACACCAUGUUGCUACAGCGCCAGCCUAGUGCCUUGGGGACUAGCUUGUACGAGCGCCUCAAGAAGCAGAUAGCGAGGAUCCAUGGCAUCCCGGAGGCGCAAGUGGACGUGUUCGCGUUGAAGGACGUGGAAGGCGUAGGCGUGGACGUGCGCUACAACUGCCACGGGUCACCAUACUAUACGGCGGCGCGCCUCGACGGUGUUAUGUUGAGGAGGAGGAGGCAGGUCUCGGAGGCCCUGGGCGUGGACAUCCCCCUCGUGGAUAUCAACCUGUGCCUAUAUGAGGUCACCUCCCCUUGUGGCACAAAGAGCUGUCAACACACUAUGCGUCCCAACCUGACGUCGCCCCUCGUCAUCUCCAGCGACACGGCCACGGUCGUCGGGGUCGACAUCGACGACGACUACGCCUGCGACUGUGGAGCCCUGGAGCCUCUGCCCUCUGUGUGCUUCUCCGGGUUCUGCUACAACGGAGGAACAUGUUCAGUGAAGAACAACACGCUCACUUGUAGUUGUCUGGACGGUAGUAACUACGGUCCACGGUGUGAGCUUUUGACGGCGAGGUUCGAGAGAGGGUUCGCCUGGUAUGAGCCUCUGACGGUGUGCGAGCACUCGUUCCUCUCUGUCAUCUUUGAGACCAACGACGAGAGUGGCGUCCUCUUGUACACUGGACCGACGGUGUUGUCUCCCUGGCCACUCUACCCUCGAGACUUUCUCUACGUCGUCCUCCAAGGUUGGGUGGUGGAGACGUUCCUAGACUUGGGGACAGGAACUCUCAACAUCUCCAUACCAAUAGAACCUUGCACCGACCAAGCUUUCGAGUACACCAUCUCUUGGAACGAAGGCAGCAUCACUGUUGAGAUCAUUAACUGUGGUAUCAACGCCACGAUGGACACGGUAGAUCCUUGCAAGAAGACCGUGCCCCUAGCGAGGCUCUCCGGCACACCCAGUCACUUACUCAACGUCCAGGGACCCUUACAGAUCGGGGGCGUGGCAGCCAUGGUGAGCUUCCCACAGUUAGCGACUUCCUACGGCUGGACUAUGGUACCUCCAGCUAUAUACCCCUUCAGCGGCUGCGUCCUCGAGGUGCGUCACAACGACUAUAUCUACGACCUAAAUGCCACAGACUUCAGCAAGCAGACCUUUCAGCCGUGCGACGCUCCUAGGACCUCCCGAGUCGUACUUGGUCAGCAGUCCAUCAUCAUCAUCCUCGCCAGCCUCCUGUGUCUCCUACUACUGGUCAUAGUGAUCCUGUGUCUGGCCCGUCGAGGCAGGAAGUCCAUCUCGUACCCAGACCUUGACCGGGAACUGGUGAAGGAGACGAUGGGAGGAACAGACGUGGAGGGUUUUGGCGAGAAAGACGUCACCCACUUCGACCUCAAGUUCCUACAAGUUACUCCUGACGGUUAUCUCGUUGGAGACGAGAAUGAGGGAGCUCUGCCAGACGUAGCACAGGACGCAUGUCAGAGGCUUACAGCACCCUUGGCCGAGAUGCCCGAAGGUCUUAGUAUUGGUGACUUUAUCAAGGAGAAUAUUGUCAAGGUGGACCAGCAACACCAGGAUGUUGACGACGUGCGCCACUACAAUGCCCAGGGGGAUGAGAUGUCGGCGGCCUCUCUUUCCUCCCUCGCCUCUGGGUCGUCCAGGAGUGAAGUGCUUUACGACUACCGCAAUGACUGGGGUCAACGCUUCGAGAAACUAGCCCAGAUCUACGCGCCGGAGUCGGACGCAGAGGAGGACAGCGAGUACGAGUUUCCGGAUAUUCCCAGCCAACCCAGGAGUCAUUUCUUGAGUCCAGAGUCUGCUAAAACACAUAAAAAUGAGCCUCAGCUUUCCUCGCCUGACUCUCAGCGGAAGUGUGAGUCACCUUCUGCUCCAGCGACUGAGAGGAACACCAGUGGAUCGUCACCAACAUCCUCAGACAUGAAUAGCACUGCGUCGACAACCACUAAUGACCAAGGCAAGAGCGGGGAGUCAACAGCACCUGUGGUAAAUGACAGGAGUAAAAGCAAGUCUCCUGUGUCUUCCCCGACCACUAAAGUGAAGAUCGAUUCUCCAACUUCUAGUUUACAAGUCGCCCGGAAGACAGACUCACCUUCCUCCUCCUCGCUGACCAACAAACACAAAACAGAUUCGCCCUCCUCCUCCCCGCUGACCAACAGACACAAAACAGAUUCACCCACCUCCUCCCCACUGACCAACAGACACAAAACAGAUUCACCCACCUCCUCCCCACUGACCAAUAGACCUAACAAAGUAGAUACGCCGCCGUCUCCUCUUUUAGCCAAUAAACACAAAAUUGACUCACCAUCUUCCUAUCUAUCUAGAAAACAAAAUAUCGAGCCCCCGUCGUCACCUUUACACAAUAAGCAGAGUUCCAAGCCUCCAACUUCCCCUCUAGCGAACACGGAUAACAAAGGUCAACCUUUAUCUUCUAUAGUCAGCAGAUAUAGCAAUGAUUCCUCCGUCACUACCAUCAGCAACCUAUACAAGAGUCCUGCCCAGAGGUCCUUAGAGGCCAAUAGGAAUAAAACAUUACCCAAAAGCUUCUCGAAGAAGCCGAAAGAAACUACUGCCAACGGCGCCGUGACAAGUACCUUAGGGCGCACGAGGACACCUGGGCUGAAGACUGGCCAAGACGCCCCAGACUCCAGGAAGAAGGAUUACCAUGAAGCUGUUAACCCCAUGGCGACAGUUCGCCCAGGCAAAGGGAUAGAGACUUGGUGCUAGCUAGACCCACUACUAGUUACUCCACCAUACAUGUAACAACUUUAUUACUCAAAGCUUUCUUAAUGUGGGAUGUUGAACCCCGUGAUGGAGGUGAGAAGAGACACACUUACAUACAUACUCCUUGCUCAAAGCAUUCCUCGAGGGUAAACAUUUUAAAACAUUCCUGCUAGGAUUAGUGAUGACUAGUUUUUAACAUAGUUCCAACCCAUCUUAACCAAUAUAGGAGGUUGUGAUAAGGUUGGCUCACACCUCUCCUUAAGUUUGUGCUCUAAAUCAUCACCAAUGACCUAGGUUACAUAAUCCCCCCAAAUCUUGCAUUAUAACACUGAAAUUAAAUACUGACACAAGCACCUAACUCGCCUAAAGCGUCUGUAGCAUCUUAGGUCAGUUGUUGAGGUAAAUUGGAUAGCAUUUACAUGAUAUAUCUUAAUCAAUGUUUAUAUCAAAUUAAUGGGAUGAAUAAAUCAACAAAACACUGAUGUUAAUAAAACAACAAGCGGUAAGUGUCGUGCAUGAUGUGUAUCAACAAGAGACUGCACUACACGACAGUCGCACUCAGCUGAUCUUACACCAUGACAAAAUCAACUACACGUAUGACAGACACCGUAACCAUAUCUAUUAUGCACAACCACGUGUACCUGCCAGUUGUACGUCACAAAUGGUACUAACUGGAUAUAUAAAACAAUAUUUCUUUUUCAUAUUGUACCACCAGCGACCACGUGUCCGAAAAAGGUCUUUGAGUGAUGCACAAACACGAGUGACUAAGCAAAGCAAGAUUGGAUGUGUGACCUCCCUUAUACCUCUCCCUUGUGUGCGAUCAUCUCUCUCUCUCUCUCUCUCUCUCUCUCUCUCUCUCUCUCUCUCUCUCUCUCUCUCUCUCUCUCUCUCUCUC